AUGGGUCGAGCUCUCCACUUCCCCGGGAUGUUCCUCCUGCUCGGGUCCUUCGUGCUCCUCGUGCUCGUGUCCGUCUCCCUGCCGUGGAUGCCCCCACUCGACUUUGUGCGCGUCCACUUUGUCAACGGCACCGUCACCACGAGCCUCGACGCUAACAACACCGCGGAGUUGAGGUUUGGUGCUUGGGCCGAUUGUUGGUACGAAACCUCGGGAACGGGUCUUGUCUGCAGCUCCGCAGGCUACGCAUACAACACGACCGUCUACAGUAAGACCGAGUCCGGGAACAGCACUUCGAUAAACAUCGGCCCGUCCUGGACACGCGGACUUGCGAUCCACCCCGUCGCUGCGGGAGUGACGCUCAUCGCAUUCCUCCUCUCGCUGUCCGCCCAUGUCACGAUGAUCCUGCUCACCUCGCUGGCGACGUUCGUCGGCGGUGUCAUCACGCUCGUCGCAUUCGCAGUCGAUAUCGCGCUUCUCGCGUACGUCAAGCACGAGAUGGGCCAGCUCGCGGAUGUGUCCGUCGCAGUGAACCCCGCUCCUGGGUUCUGGAUGACCUUCGCUUCGUUCCUCGCGCUGAUGGUCGCCGGGGGUGCCAUCUGCCUCGGUCGUCGGCGUGACCGUAUGGCGGGCGCCACAAGCUACCCGAUGGCGUCCAGCAAGGUCUCGCGAUCCUGGAGGGACCGAUUCCUAAACAGCAACAAUGAUGGCGCGUGA